AGUACAGGCAACAGAGGGCGACAGUGUUUCAAUCUAAUAUGGAUGCCAACAACACAAAACACCAGAGGAAGACCGUAGUGUUGCGUUGUGCACAUCCGUGGCGUGUACAGUGAACUACUUUCAUAAUGUGACUCCAAGGAGGUUGUAAAGAUGUUGGGCGCCUGCUGACAGCCUCCACUACAGUUCACAGCUACACAGUUGAACCAAAGGACAAAGGAAUGCCGCCUUUAGUUGGAGCUGAGAUGAUCCACACACCAGUGCAGCUCUAUCGAUAUCUCCUCAGAUGUUGCAGGCAGUUACCAACCACAGCAAUGCAGCAGCAUUAUCGACAUGCCAUAAGACAGGGUUACAACAGUCACUCGGAUGAAGACGACCCAGAGAGGAUACGAAUGAUGAUCCAAAGAGCCAUUGCAGAUGCUGACUGGAUUCUUGAUAAAUAUGCCAAGAAGAAGUGAGGUUCAUAAACCAUGAAUACAACCUCGGGUGUUGCAUUUUGCAGUGCUGCACCUGACGUAAGCUGUAGUGGUGGAUGUACUGUUUAUAUGUUAUUUGUUCUCGUUGUGGGGACGUGAAUAGCCAUGGUGAAGCAACAUCUGAUGAGAGGAAGACCUCAUGAGUCAUGGACUUUUAGGACUAUACUAUAUAAACUCACUACUGAGUUUACAUUAAAUGUUAAAAAGUAUUGUUCUUAGACUGAAAUGAGUUGACUAUGUACUGUAUUUCUUUUUCAAUAAAUGAAUUCUCAAUAAUUAUA